UUUGAAUUUACCAUUAAUGCCAAAACUUUCAUCCUCGUAAAGUUAACAAUUAUUAUAACCAAGCCUAGUUUUUGUCUAAAACGUAAUACUAAUCAUGAUUAAGUUAAUCUUCCUAAUUGUUACAAUCUAUUUAACUAUUGGUGUUUCCUCAUCACUUGACCAAUCAUCGGAAUCGUCAAAGACUUUAUUAGUUCAUGUAACCAAGAAGGUGAUUUUCAAUGUGACAAUUGAUGAUGUUCCUAAAGGGAUAAUCACAAUUGGACUAUUCGGUGAUGACGCUCCUCGAACGGUGGAAAACUUUAUCACCCUGGCGAGCCCACUCGGUUACAAUGGCCUCAGUUAUAAAGGAUCAAUUUUCCACCGGGUGAUUCCUGGAUUCAUGAUUCAGGGAGGAGAUAUUACUGAGAAAGAUGGUUCUGGUUCCAUCUCCAUUUAUGGUACUUAUUUUGACGAUGAAAAUUUCAAGAUAAAUCAUUCGGAAGCGGGUUUCAUUUCCAUGGCCAAUGCAGGUAAGGAUACGAACGGCUCUCAGUUUUUCAUCACCGCCGUUCCCACCGACUGGCUUGAUGGUAAACACACAGUUUUCGGUAAAGUGCUCGAGGGCAUGGAGCUCGUUAAGGAAAUUGAAUCGAUACCAACCAGUGCAGAGGAUAAACCGUUAACCGAGGCUCGGAUAAUUGAUUCAAUGGUUCUCGAUGCUGAUCAGAUGAUUACAAUUAAACAAUAAGCAUAAUGAUUACGUUAAUUGUUUCAUAUUUAUUACAUUAAUUAAUCCUUUUCUCUUUUGCCACUUUCAUUAAUUUGAUUGAUAUUCUGUUUUUUUUUUCAAUGAAUGAAUUAAAUUGCUUGGGACCCACAACUUUGUACUGUUAAUGCUAAUAAUUAGUGUUAAUUGUUGAUUGUAAUUCAGCUUAUAAUAUAAAUUAUUGAAUCUUUUUAAAAUAAUAAUAAAUUUUGAUUUACAAUCAA